GAGGUAUGGGCAUUGAAGUCGUCAACCAUUCUGUCAAGUUUGAGAAGAGAAGAAGAAAUGUCUUGCAAUGGUAGCAAGAGACGCUUUGUUCAAGAAGAUGAGGGCAUAAGAGGAUUUGAUUGACGAUCAAGUUUUGUGGAGACGAUUUCAGACAACAUUAUGCCGGUGCAUGGAGUUGAUGUGCAUUGAUUUUGAAGACGACAGUGUUGUUUGAAACUUUUCAGGGUGUCCCUUGAGCAGCAGCUGCUACUGUAUUGUACCUAAUGUGUAGAGUUACUUUCCUGCUCAUCCUUGUUGCUCAAGGUUGGAGCUCCAGUGUGGAUGUAAGCCGUCAUUCGUCGCCAGCCUUCGCUUGGAUGCCUACCAAUGGUGUCGUUCUGACGCCCAUACGAUUGCCACUCGAGCAUGCAUACUGCUCUUGCUCUGCUCUCCUUGGCUCGCGCUUGCAAUUGGUAUAUCCCAGACAGUCACGCCCUCGAGGAGAAAUUGAAGUUCGGAUGGCAAGAGAGCCGUGCUCUUCUUCAAAGCUUAUGCAGAUUCUUCAAACAGCAUCCAGUUCUCCCACGAGCUUGCAGCCGACCUCCUUCUCGUUGGCAAACAACGAGCCAAAGGGGGAGCCGGAGCUGACAAAGAUUGCAAUGGAGGGAGCAGGCAUCGGCGAUGAAGCGAGGCCGCAUAAGAUGGGAUGGAGGGAUGGCGAGAUGGAGUCAGAAUUUGCGCGCCUUGCCAUGGCUGUGGAAGAGGGAUACACGCCUGAUCUAACAUCUUUCAACCGAGCCCUCCUUCUCUGUUCGAGGGCGGUUUCCAAGGGUCUCGGCUCCGCUGCCCUCCAACGCGCGCUCUGCAUCCUCGCUCUGAUGAAUUCGGCUCAAGUAUCUCCGGAUCGCCGAAGCUUCUGUCUCCUCCUCGAGGCGUCUGUGGGUGCGGCUCUGCAAGGAAACAGAGUUGCGAUUAGGUGUUCGCUGACCAUAAUCCGAAACAUGUACAGCGUUGGGCUGAUGCCUGACCUUCUCCUCACGAACCAGUUGGUCAACAAAAUGCUUAAGUCUUCCAAAAACAUCUCUGAAGCGUACAUUGAAGCGUUCGACCUCACGCAAGGGAUGCGCAGGGCCGGGAUGAAGCUGGACAUGUACACUUACAACUCUCUCAUUGCUGCUUGCUCCCAGCAGAAUGAGAGGGGUUUAGAGAGGGCCAUCGAGAUCCUCAAGCUUAUCCGCGAGGAUGAGCUCGAGCCGGAUAUGGUCACUUAUAACGCGCUCCUGCAUGUUUGUGCUAAGAGCGCUCAACACCUUGGAAGAAGAGCAGUGGACCUCGCGCAGCACAUCUUCUCUUUGAUGCAAGCAACAGACAACUUAAAGCCGUCAGUCAUCACUUACAACGCCCUGAUGCACGCCAGUGGCCUUGCUGCCUGCUCUAGCGGGGAAGAUGCAAUCGAAAUGCUGCAGGGAAUGGUCGCAGCUUUCAAGGAGAUGUUAGCAAGAGGAGUCAAGCCCGACCAGAAGACUUUCUCUACUGUCCUGCACGGGCUUGCUCGGGGGAUUCAAUUCAUUGUGCUGAAUCAACCUUCGAACAAGCAGAGAGGUAAUACCAUCGAUCCCAAGCAGUUGAAUUUGAUCAUCGAAUCAGCUGAGGAGAUUCUUUGGAAAAUGGAUGAAGAAGGUGUUGCGCCACAGCUUUCAAACUUCAGGAUGAUGCUCUUGAUCUAUGCCAAGUCGAGCGCCAGGCUAUCCAACAGGGAUUGGCUUGAAUCAUCUUUGAAACUUCUUGAAGACAUGAGGAACAGAGGGCUCGUUCCUUGUUUGGAGUGCUACACCAGUUUGAUGGAAGUGUGCUCCAGCAUGGCAGGUAGAGCCAACUGCACUCGUCGUGGCUUCUGGGUGGCGCUGGACUUGUUGGCGGAGCUGCAAGGGGCUGGGCACAUCCCAACCUCCUUUUUGUACAUCUUGAUCUUCAACGCAGCGCGCAAAGACGGGAGCGAGGAAGCGGUCGACUUGGCGCUAGGGCUCUUUCUCUCCCUCAGCGAGUCCUACAAGACCAAGUUUGUCUACACUUCCAUCAUCUCUGCUUUGUCCGCCAAGGGAAGGGGACGGGAAGCAGCUUCACUCCUGGAGGAGGCAAAGCUGCACGGUAUCGUGCCGGACAAAGUGAUGUACAGCGUGUGCACGGACGCGUCGAAAGCCACCAGGCCGUCGGAUGCAGGGGGACGAGGGACAAGCAGAGAAACCCCUUCCGGUAUGGUCAAGAAAUGUCGAGAGCUCGAGAAGGAUGACAGAGUCGUUAGCGAGCAAGUUGCAGCACAAGCCACAGGUGAAGAUGGAGGGGAGAAUAGCAGGGUUAGAGAGCCGGAAGAGAAGUGAUGGGGAGGGAGAUGGAAGAAUCACCGGGAAGGCGUCUAGGUUUAGCAAGCUGAGAGGAUACGGCAGAGUCCCAUUAUUCCAACGGGAGAGAACAUAACGCGCUAUAAAGCACUGGAACUGU